AUGUACGCAGAGAAUAGAGAGACAGAAAAGACUGAUGAUGAUGAUGAAAGAGAAACCAUUAUGACUAGUGAUUCACCGAUACCUACAAGGUCAUCAUUUAUGCAAAAUACAGUAGAUUAUCUAGAAUAUCUUGCAGAGCAAGACGAAUAUGCACCACCACAAGCUCCAAAACAUGAUCUUGGUCCUUCCGAUCAUUCAGACCCACCUACCGAAUUAUCUUCUUCAUUUGGCCAAUAUCCAACAUAUCCGUCAAAUCCUGAGAUAAUUGAACAAUAUAUAUCACAAUCUUCAUUACCUUUAUCUCCUCUAGAUGAGGUUCGGAGCAAAAUGGUUGAUAUACAAACAGUUCCUUCACAUCAAAUAAUGAUAUAUUCUCAUAACCCACAAUUUCAAAAUGUUUCUAUCGAAAUGACUGAGGGUAUGACUCAUUCUUCUUCUUCGCAACAACGACAAGAAAAUUUAGUCCCAUCGUCAUUAACAUUACCAAGUGUAACCAUGACGAGAAAUCGUUCGAGAAUUAAAAACCCAAAAAUUGAAAAUAUGCCACAAAUACGUUCAGGUUUCACUGCUCAAAUACAAACGAGUAAUACUCCUCUUAGGCAAGAAUUUAGAGAGAGUGAUAUUAUGUCUCCUACUCAUCUUAAACAAUUGCAAUCACAAUCUAGGCAUAGUAACAUUUCAACGUCGUUUUUAAGGAAUAGUGUUAGUAGUAAUGAUUCGAUAUUACAAACUGAAGUAAGAGUCGCUCAUGGCGACCCCGAUGACCCUUUAUUAAAUAAUCAAAAUCGUCUCAAUAAUUCCAAAAUUACCACUCGAUCUGUUCCUUUUCCCCAACAACUAGUUCCUCACUACCAUCAUCAAUCUCAAAAUAAUGAAGAUGAAGGCCUUACAUCUCCUAUUUCUCCUGGUGCAAUAACAGAAACUCCAUUACUUAAUUCUGGUAAAAAAAGUUUUACUCCAAAAGGUUUAAUUAUAUGUCUCUGUUUUGGUGUUAUUGCUGGAAUAAUCUUUACUUUAUGGGCUGUAACUACUUUGGUGCCAAAUAAUGUACCUAAGGCUGGUAACAAAGCUGUAAAUGCUAGGCAACCAAUACCAAAGAUAUGA